GAGGAGGAGGAGAAGAGGUAGUGGGGUCGUCGCCCUCAAGAGAACGGGGGUGAGCCCAAUGUGCACAUCUGAAUAGAAGACCGUGAAGGUAUUCCGAAGCUGAGUAAAGCUCUCAGCCUGGGAUGCCUGCUGCCGUCCUAUAUCGGUCAUCCUCUGAAUGAUAGUCUCCUGCUGCUCCAUGAUCCUCCGAGCCCAAUCAGGGAUUGGAUCCGCAAAAGGAAUUGGUAAGGCUUAUAGAGUCUUCAACAAACGCACCUUAACCGUUGAGGAAUCUCCUUAUGUUGUCUUCGCCAAAAAUGAUGCUCUCUUGGCGAGAAAGGUUUCUUGUGAUGAUCUUAUAGAUUCGUUGGAAAACAUCUACGACGAUGACAAAGUAGACAACUCAAAGGAAAGCCAAGAUGAAGAAGUAGAGCCACCCGUAAACGAGGAACAACCACAAGAGGAGGAAACACCAAUGCCAAGGGCAUGGAGGACUUCAAAGAACCAUCCUCUUGACAAGGUGAUCGGUGACAUCAACCGAAAGUGUUCUUGCAAAAUCCCUGCAAAUUUCUCUUUUUUUGUCUUGCUCUCCCUCUCUCUCUUUGUUGAAAUGGCAGGAGGUCAAAGAAAAAGAUCCCGCACCGGCAAGAACGUGGCUUCUUCCUCGGCUCCUCCACCACCGGCGCACAAGUACCUCCACGGGUCGUUCCUUUGGUUCAACGACCACGUAGAGGCGACGCGGUUCUCGGAGAAAUUUGAGCAUCGGGAGAUUCUCCCUCCCCGAUUCUCCACCGCCCGCUUCAUUCAUGAAUCCAUUCCACGUGAGGCACGGAUUAUCCUCGAACGUGGAAACUUCCUCGAUCUCCUCUACAUCAAGAAGGUCAACUAUCUACCCUUUCUUGUUCGAGCUUUCUACUCGAACUUGAAAAAGGAUGAGGACGGAGCAUUGAUCUCUAACGUCAACGGGGUGGACAUCUAUUUGAAUGAGGAGAACAUUCAAAUCCUCACCGGGCUUCGUCGGGAUGGACAGGAUCUCGGGCUCUACGUUGGAGAAGAAAGAGCACGGUUCAACGAGACCGCUCUCUUGGAGGAAGUGGGCAUCCGACACUUCGUACCCACUCCCCAACAGCGGCGCCCUACGAUUGCUUCCAUGAGUCCCGUGUUUCGAUUCAUUUUUUAUGUUUUGACACGGAUUCUCAAGCCCAGGAAGUUCAAUCACACCACUCUCUCCCAGGAGGACACGAACACAAUUCAUGCGAUGAUUCACAACGCCAAUCUCAAUUGGUGUAAAUUUGUGAUGACUCACAUGUUCACGGCCACCUCCGACAAUCGGCCGCUCCCCUACGCCUUCCUUGUCAUGGCGAUUCUUGAAGAAUAUAACAUCAAAACCGAUGUUGGGCCAAAGAUAAAGGGGACAAAGCAUUGGGAGAUUGAUGAAUCCUCUUUCCACUCGGGCACCGACGAGACUCCGUUUCGACAGCCUCGUCCACGCCGCCAACCGAGAGCCACUGCCUCAGCCGCCACCACUUCGACCAAUCCUUCUCUCUCCGAGCAAAUGGCAGCCUUGACCGCCACUCUCUCUCGGAUUAACACAAACGUCUCUAAAACGGCACACAACGUCAAUACCUUGAGCCGUAAACUUCACGGGUAUUUUGACUUUGUCAAUUACCCGUACGCUCAAAUGGUCCCUUACGUUCCUCCACCGAAUUUCGGAGGUGAACAAAGUGGGACUCAAAACGUUGGUAGAGAUGACGAGAUGGACGAUAAGGAAGAGGAAGAAGAAGAGGAAGAAGAAGCCGAUGAUGAUGAUGAUGAUGAUGGCGACGGUGACGAAGAUGAAGAAGAAGAAGACAUUGACGAAGAACAACUUCUCAAUGAUCUUUCCCCGGAUUUCUAGAGCUCUAGCUCUACUUUCUUCUCUUCCUUAUUUUAUCAUCUUUUAAUAUGCUUUCGUUAUGUACUCCGCUAUUUCCCUUAAUUAAUUGAUAAAAAUCUUUAUGAUUUUUGUUGUUAACAAUCUUUUUGUUAAUGUCAAAAGGGGGAAGAUAAGGGCUAUGCAUAUAUUAAGGGGGAAUUUUUUUAAGGGGGAUUUUUUUCAAAAAGAUCAAAACCCUAUGCAUAUUCCCGUCUUGUCUGCCAUUAUCAAAAAGGGGGAAAUUGUUGAAACACGCUUUAUACGAUAAACUAAAGUCGUGUUC